AAUAAUAAUUUUUUAUUUCCGAGCCUAGAACUAAAACCGCCUCUUGGGCUGGAGAGUAAACCGAACGGAGAGAGAAUGGUCUCCCUCUACUCUUGUUGCCCGUUUCCUUCAACGAAAGCCCUUCAAAUGUACCCUUCGUUCCUCUUCCUCUCCCCUCGAAACCCUAAAUUACUUCCCUUUACGAUUUCCAGAAUCCUCAGAGCCAGUUCAUGUUCCGCCGCCAAACAUCAGCAACCGAUUAGAGCCAGAUACGCCGGCGUUCAACUAGAAGAAACCGUUGAUGAGACCAAGCAAGGCAAGCUUCGGCUCGAUUCUUGGAUCUCUUCUCGAAUUCAAAGCAUUAGCAGAGCUCGAGUUCAAUUCAGUAUAAAAUCAGGCCUCGUGACGGUCAAUGGCCGCGUUGUCGACAAGGUCUCGCAUGGCCUGAGAGCUGGAGAUAAGGUUAAUUGCGUAAUUUCGGAGCUGCAACCUUUGAAAGCAGAACCUGAAGAUAUACCGUUGGAUAUAGUUUUCGAGGACGACCAUGUUCUUGUCGUUAAUAAACCUCCACACAUGGUUGUUCAUCCAGCACCUGGCAAUGCUACUGGAACAUUAGUGAAUGGGAUUCUUCACCAUUGCAGUUUACCCACAGUGGCAUUGUCCGAAAAGGAUGUUCUUUCAGACACAGAGGAUGUUUCUGAUGAUGAAGCUUUUAGUUGUGGUGGAAGUGCAGCAGCUUCUGUUCGACCAGGGAUUGUACAUAGAUUGGAUAAGGGCACCAGUGGAUUGCUUGUUGUCGCAAAGGAUGAACAUUCCCACGCCCAUUUGUCAGAACAGUUUAAGCAACAUAUGAUCCAGAGAGUAUAUAUCAGUCUUACUUGUGGAGUGCCAUCACCUUCUGCUGGACGUGUGGACAUUCCCAUUGGACGUGAUUCAAAUAACCGCAUUCGGAUGGUUGCUGUACCAGGUUUAAGUCAUCAUGGUCGGGCUCGCCAUGCUGCUAGUAGAUACAAAGUAAUUGAAGUACUGGCUGGUGGUGGUUCAGCACUGGUUCAGUGGAGAUUGGAAACUGGCCGUACUCAUCAGAUUCGUGCCCAUGCAAAGUACAUGGGAAUUCCUUUGUUGGGUGAUGAGGUGUACGGCGGGUCAAAGAGCAUGGCCUUGUCACUGCUCCGUCCCAGGAUCCCCCCUAACUAUAAUGAUGAACUUUCCAAGCUGGUUUCAAGAUUGGAGAGGCCAUACCUUCAUGCUUUAGUCCUUGGAUUCAAACAUCCACACUCAAGCGAGAAGAUGCACUUCUCAUGCUCACCCCCUCCAGAUUUUAGUGAAAUAUUGAGUCAUCUUCGUAAUAUCGGCAUAGAGAAGGUAAGUUUAUCAAGAAUCAUUUCUAAUACCUGUAUAUAUUUUCAAAUGCCAUGGAUCCAUCUAUUCUGCAUGAGAUGUAUUGCGUGCUAAUGAUGGGUAAGCUUAAUGACGUAGAGUCGUGCACGUAGAGUUUAGUUGGUAAAGUUAUUUAAAUGGUCAAACUGAUUUGAUUCAUCCUCAAGUCCAGCGGCUGACUAGAGUUGGUGUUGCCUUGGGUUAUAUUAAAUAGUUUUGGAAACUUGCCUUAGAAAAAUUAGUGUUUGCUGUGCAGCCUAUUUCCAAGGAAGCGGCCUCCUAAGACUCAUCAAUGGACAUGGAUGUGGAAAAUCAGCGGACAACUCUUGAUGGGUUAUGACUUAAGUUAAGUUUGCGACUAAGGGCUCGAA